CUUUGCUCCAGGUCGCAGAGGGAUUUGGAGAAAGAUAUGUCCUCCUAGCGCAGGGACAAGUCCGGCGACUUAUCCUUCAGGAAUGGUCUGUCUGGCGAGGAUGACAGGAUUUUAUUUACUGGAAGCAAGGUAAGAUUUAACUGAAUAAUGUCAGUUUGACUUUCAAUAAUUUAUCUAAACGUUUUCUGGAUUAUGUGUUGCCAGUAGCAGCAUAACUUCUUCAUACAGGCAGAUUCCAUUGAGUCUACAAGCACCUGACUCGCUGAGCACUACACCCUGGCUUCAACCCUUCACCAGUCCAAGGUCAAUGACCGGAUAACAUCUGUCAACAUUUUCUGGUUCUACUGUUCCAGGUUGGCGGACACAGAGGAGAACCCGAAACACACCCAGCCCUGAGGACAAGUAGACUACGCGACACACCCUGCCCUGAGGACAACUCCAGAUAUACUACAUUUUAAUUUAGACCAGGACAGACAACAACCAGGCCCCACACACAAACACACUCUGGAAACCAAACGACCUGGUGGUGCUGGUGCCUAGCCUCACCCAGUUAAUAACAAUGGUCUGGUCCGUUCCAAUCUGAUUGACACAGACUGACUGUCUGGCUGGUUUGGGUGUUUUGUGACGCUCCUCUAUACGUUCAUCAUCAUUGUAUCUGAUUUUGAAGAGCUGAAGGACUCACCAUGAACCUGACUGUGUGAAGUUGAGCCCUCGACUGCCAAGGACCGCUUAGACUACUGCCCUCUUAAGGGCCGUGUGUGCUCACUGGUCGAUCAUGGGUAAGGAGCAGGACCUCCUGGUGGCAGUGAAGAGUGGAGACAUCCUCCUGGCCCACAAACUCCUGGCCAAGGUCACAUACAACAAAAGCAAGUUGCUGGGCUCCACAAAGAGGCUCAACAUCAACUAUCAGGACUUAGAUGGGUUUUCAGCGUUACACCAUGCAGCUCUAACAGGCACCACUGAGCUGCUGUCACUACUACUGGAGGCUCAGGCCACGGUGGACAUCAAAGACAUUAAUGGUAUGCGUCCGCUACAUUAUGCAGCUUGGCAGGGUAAAGCUGACUCUGUGUUGCUGCUGCUGAGAGCUGGAGCCUCUGUUAACACACUGUCACAGGACGGACACAUACCUCUACACCUGUCUGCACAGUACGGACACUACCAGGUGUCUGAGAUGUUACUCCAGCACCAGUCUAAUCCCUGUCUGGUGAACAAUGCCAACAAGACUCCUCUGGACCUGGCCUGUGAGUUUGGCAGACUCGAGGUUGCUCAAUUGUUAUUGAACAGCAACAUGGUGGUAGCUCUGUUGGAGGGGGAGGGGCUAGACGGUUUAGACAAUGCCUCCUCCAACACGCCCCUUCACCUGGCCGCUCGCAACGGACACAAAGACAUCAUCAGGGUGCUACUGAAGGCUGGUAUAGACAUCAACAGAACGACUCAUGCUGGCACCUGUCUGCACGAGGCUGCCCUCUACGGCAAGACUGAAGUAGUGUGUCUGCUGCUGGACGCUGGUAUUGAUGUGAAUCUGCGUGACACCUACAACCAGACAGCUCUGGACAACGUUAACCAGUUCACCACCUCAUCAGCCAGCAAGGACAUCAAGAUAAUACUACGAGAAGCGUUAGGGUUUCUCCAGGUGAGAGCUGUGAAGGACUACUGGAACCUUCAUGACCCUACAGCCCUCAACCUCCGUGCUGGAGACCUCAUCAUGGUGUUGGAGCAGCACACGGACGGGCGGUGGAAAGGUCAUAUCCAUGACAACCAGAGAGGAACGGACCGGGUCGGAUACUUCCCUCCGUCUGUAGUGGAGGUCAUCAGCCAGAGAACAGGGGGUUCUGUCUCAUGUCAGGUCUCGUUACCAAGCCAAUGGCAGCAGCACUUCCUGUCAAGAGCUCCUCCCACCAGUAUUGGCUCCGCCCCCCAGAUUGAGGACUCCUACGCCUUGUACUAUGACCACGCAGCAGGAGACAGGAACAGUGUUGGCAGUGCAGGCAGCAGUGCAGGCAGCAGUGCAGGUAGUGUGGGCAGCAGUCGUAGUGCUGGCAGCGGGCAGAGCUCAGAGAACGGCUUCGGACCGAAUGGGACGCACAAGCUGGCUCCCUCUGUUGGUGAGUCCAGAGAACAGCAGUUUCCCCCUGCAGGACCAGACCCCAGCAAACAACCUGAUGGACAUACAGGUGGUCAGAGUCGUCAAGUCAGUGGUGGUACUCGUUUGGGGGAGCAGAGUGGCUUCAUGUGUCCAGACAUGGUCCUGGUGGGCAGCGACUCUGAGGCCAUCUACCAAUGGUUGUGUGAGUUCCAGCUGGAGAGCUACACUGCCAACUUCCUCACAGCAGGAUACGAUGUACUUACUGUCAGUAGGAUGACCCCAGAGGACCUGACUGCCAUCGGUGUGACCAAACCAGGCCACCGAAAGAAGAUCUCCAUGGAGAUAGGCAACCUGAACAUCCCAGAGUGGCUGCCUGACUACACCCCUUCUGAGCUGUCAGAGUGGUUGAGUGCGAUCGGUCUCCCUCAGUACCAGAAGAGACUGUGUGAGAAUGGCUAUGACACCAUCAGCAUCGUCAAGGAUAUCACCUGGGAGGACUUAUCAGAGAUAGGAAUCACCAAGCUGGGUCAUCAGAAGAAGCUGAUGUUAGCCGUGAAGCGUUUAUGUGACCUGCAUCGUUCUUGUCACCAUGCCAACGGCUCCGACACGCUCCGGCAUAAACCUACCACGGUGCCUAUUGAGCCCCCCGAGAUCCCCUACGACUGCUGCCCCCUUUCCCCUCACACCCCCAGGACACCCUUCCCCUCAUUCCAUGACAGCGAGCUGAGCACAGAGGUACAGAACACCAUGAUGGGGAGGGCAGCAGGAGGAGGAGUGGGGAGAUGGGGGUUUGGGAUGGGUGUGAGGGAGAGCAUUAGCCAGGAGAGCAUCGGAACGCGCUCCCACGGAUCUGGGAAUUCUGGAAAAUCUGGGAAUUUUACUGGAUAUUCCCAAGAGCUUCACCAACAGACUCUGGCAUCGGCUGGAGUGCACAGUCGCUCGGACGAAAGCUUGGGAGGAGGGGGAAGGAGACAGGGGGGAGGAGGUAGUCCAGGGAGAGACCGACAGAGACUCACAGAGGUGUGGCCAGACCAGAAGCGCUACCCCCAGCCACCCACUAAACUACCCAUCACCCCCCUCACCCCUCCUCUCACCCCCAGCUCGAUGCCACGCUUCGCCUACCCAGACGUGCAUAGUAAACCCAAACCUUGCAAGCCCCCUGCCCACCCUCACCCCUUUUCCUCUCCCCAGGCCUCCCCCACACAGAGGGCCUUCAACUACCUCCACACCCAGGAAGGAGGCACCUAUCUGUGCCAACGUGGUCUACCCAAGCCCCAGGCUGGAGCAAUCCCCCUCCCAGGACAAGGCCUCAACACAGAGGCUCUUAAGAAACGCACCCAGAGUCUGUCCCGCUACGCCCUGUCAGAUGGGGAACCGGAAGACGACGAGUCAUCACUGCAGGAAUCCGUCCCUCCGGUGACCAUGCCCUCGUACGCAACACUAGGACGCAAAACAGGCUGCGGCCAAUCAAAUUCCUCCGCCGUCCAACGCCACAUCAGCCGGAGCCACUCAUCCGCUGUCCGCUCUCGCCGCAAAGGCCCGCCCCCACCGCCACCUAAGAGGAUGAGCUCGGUGAGUGGCAGCCAGGCCAGUGAAUCAGGAGUGGCAGUAGUGUCAGGGCAGGUGGAGGUGGGAGGGGUGGAGACAGAGAGUGCAGGCAGUGUGAGAAGCAUCGCAGCCAGGCUACAGGGGUCCAGGCCCGGGGGCAGCCCCUCUAAGGGGGUAGUGUUACCCUCCCCUCACACCCCCACCCUCGCCUCCCACAAACCUGUACCCGCUCUGGGGCUGGGAGGCCUGAGGAGGAUGGGUGGCGAGCGGAGGGAUAGAGAUGGAGGGAUAAAGAAAAGCCCAGAAGAGGAGGAGAGAGUGCGGAAGGAUGGUUCAGUAUUGGAAAGCUCUACAUCACCUCAGAGUAGCUCCAAUGAGAACCUCCCUUUUGCGGAGGAGGGCAACCUCACCAUCAAACAACGGCCCAGGAUGGGAGCAGGCUUCCGGUCAGACUCUGAAAUCCAACCCCGGGCUUCUCCAGAAGACCCAAAAAUGCAGGCCUCAAAGUCCUUGGGGGUCCCUGAGUUCAACCUCAAAGAAUCGGACACGGUCAAACGACGGCGUCAGCCCAAAGACCGGGACACACACACACUGGACGAGAUCUUCACCGCCAGCGAAGACGACGGACACACACAGCCACACACACACAGCCGGUCCAACGGCUUCCACACACACACAAACGGAGACAAGCAAGAGGAGGAAGCAGGUGUGAAGUCAGGGAGCUGUUUACAGAGAACAGAAUCGACAGGGAAAGGCCAGAAACCACCCCUGUCGUCCAAACCAACCAGCCCUGUCCUCAAACCUAUCCUCACCCCUAUACCAGCCAGUCAACAGAAGACCGUGACAGGCAGCACACAGAACCAUAUAACAGCCAGUCAAAAUACACACACAACCACCUGUAUACCAGGCAAUUCACAGAAACCAGUAACAGCAACCAAAGCAGGCAUUCAGCAGAGAACAGUAACAUCCAGGCCAACGAAUCAGAUGCCUGCUACUGUCUCUGCCUCUACACUUCCCCAGCUCAGCUCAUCCAUAACCUCAGCCCCUACAGCCCAGGCAACCCGCGCUCCAUCCUACCGCACCUUGGUGCCUCCAGGCCAGGCAGGGAGAGCAGGAAAGGCCCAGGCUGGUGAGGCCUGCUCGGAGGUGUUGGUUCAGAAGAGGCUGGUUGAGACCAACACAUCACUGGAGGCAGCGCUGAAAGUUGUAGAGAGAAAAGCGUCUCAGGAUGACUGCACUGACGGUGGCAGCAGCACAGUGAAAGCAGCAGGGAAUAUCCUGGAUGACAUCGGCAACAUGUUUGAUGACCUCGCCGACCAACUGGAUGCCAUGUUGGAGUAAAUACCUCCUCUUCACUCAAGGCAACCUGAAUAGGACCCGUAGGAUUGGGUUGCAAAUUGCACCCUCUUCCCUAUAGAGCCCUGGUCAAAAGAAGUGCACUAUAUAGGGAAUAGGGGGCCAUUUGGGAUGCAUCGCUUGAAUUGAUUAGACUGAUGCACUGAUCUGCAUGUUUCAUAGGGUGGAUGAGAGAAAGUAGGAGCGGGGAGAGGAAGAGGGAGGGAAAGUGAAAGGGCGAAGGGGGGGCAAUGGGGUGAAGAGAGCAGUCACAAUGUGGAGAACCACUGACUGCACUUGAAAGAGUGUGGAUAUCAUUAACACACACAUCGGGACUUGCCUUAACUGGAGCGCAUAACCCUGAAUCAAUGGUUUUGCUUGGCAAAGACAGCACAAUAACAAAGAACAAUUUACUGUGUUUUAUAACAUAGAGCACGGGUUUAUGACAUAGAGCACGGGUUUAUGACAUAGAGCACGGGUUUAUGACAUAGAGCACGGGUUUAUGACAUAGAGCACGGGUUUAUGACAUAGAGCACGGGUUUAUGACAUAGAGCACGGGUUUAUGACAUAGAGCACGGGUUUAUGACAUAGAGCACGGGUUUAUGACACAGAGCACGGGUUUAUGACACAGAGCACGGGUUUAUGACACAGAGCACGGGUUUAUGACAUAGAGCACGGGUUUAUGACACAGAGCACGGGUUUAUGACACAGAGCACGGGUUUAUGACACAGAGCACGGGUUUAUGACAUAGAGCACGGGUUUAUGACACAGAGCACGGGUUUAUGACACAGAGCACGGGUUUAUGACAUAGAGCACGGGUUUAUGACAUAGAGCACGGGUUUAUGACAUAGAGCACGGGUUUAUGACACAGAGCACGGGUUUAUGACAUAGAGCACGGGUUUAUGACAUAGAGCACGGGUUUAUGACAUAGAGCACGGGUUUAUGACACAGAGCACGGGUUUAUGACAGAGCACGGGUUUAUGACAGAGCACGGGUUUAUGACAUAGAGCACGGGUUUAUGACAUAGAGCACGGGUUUAUGACAUAGAGCACGGGUUUAUGACAUAGAGCACGGGUUUAUGACAUAGAGCACGGGUUUAUGACACAGAGCACGGGUUUAUGACACAGAGCACGGGUUUAUGACACAGAGCACGGGUUAAUGACACAGAGCACGGGUUAAUGACAUAGAGCACGGGUUUAUGACAUAGAGCACAGGUUUAUGACAUAGAGCACAGGUUUAUGACAGAAUGAGUGGCUUUGCUACAUCUUUGCUCUGAGCCAACCAGAUUUUACCACAAAGGGAUUAAGGGUCCAUGUUUAACAUUUAUUGUAAAUUAUAUCAUAUUCUCGUCUUAAACUUUACCCAAUCGUAUGUUGUGUGUCAAUAUUCUUACAUGAGACUCUUAAAUGUUACUGAAAACUGAGAUUUUGUUGUUUUUACGUUGCAUUUUUUUGUUUUACAAAGGCAGCACCUAUUCUCUUCAAAAUAUACUAUACGUGAUGUUAGGAGUAACUAUGGUAAUUAGAAAAGUACUUUGUAAAUAAAUAAAUAAAAGUUUUAUGAUAACAUGUAAUAUAUUCUGAACAAAAAUAUAAACGCAACAUUUUCAAAUCAAAAUGUAUUUGACACAUGUGGCGAAUGGCAAUGAGUAGUCUGGGUAGCCAUUUGAUUAGCUGUUCAGAGUCUUAUGGCCUGGGGGUAGAAGCUGUCUAGAAGCCUCUUGGAUCUAGACUUGGCAAUCCGGUACCGCAGAGAGAACAGUCUAUGACUAGG